AUGGAUAGAGCUUUCUCAUGCCAAGAACAAAGAGAGGGCACUCUGGAAUUCCAGCCACAGCUCAAGCAUUUCAUUCCUCUCAACUGCCACACCACUACCCCCAGGUCCAAGAACACUUCCCAUUUCUCUGCAUUGAGGCUUAGACUUCCAAAAUCUCUCAAGAAUCUGUAUCACAAGGCCAAGGUGAACAAUGGGUUUGGGUCAAAAAGGCAUCAAUUUGAUGGCAUUGUGGUGAGCAACUCUGCUUAUUGUUCUUCCCCUUGUUUUCUUGAUGAAAAGAUGGAGACUUGUGCUGAAAAGCUUGAAGAAAAAGUUGAUUUUGUUGUUGGGUAUGGGAAUGAAGAGGAGGAGGGUAGAGAGAGCUGUUCUGGUUCUGAGUAUUUGGUGUCAGAGGCAACUCUCAAUGAAGAACACAGUAGCACCGAUUCAUGUUCACCCCCUUCCAUGAUUUGGCAUAUUCAAGAAAAUGAGGAUUCUCAUGUCAAUGAAGAAGUAGAGAAACCCAAUUUGGAUAAAAGGAAGUUCCAGAAACAAGGCUCCAGUUUAUCAGAGGUUGAGAUGAUGAAGGAAAGAUUCUCAAAAUUGCUGUUGGGAGAAGAUAUGUCUGGUUGUGGCAAUGGGGUCUGCACAGCACUGGCUAUUUCAAAUGCCAUUACUAAUCUUUGUGCUACACUUUUUGGACAAAUUUGGAGAUUAGAGCCUUUGCCUCCUGAGAAGAAAUUGAUGUGGAGAAGAGAAAUGGAAUGGCUGCUUUGCAUUAGUGAUCACAUUGUGGAGUUGAUACCCUCUUGGCAGACAUUUGCAGAUGGAACUAAGCUUGAGGUCAUGACCUCUAGACCGCGAUCAGAUCUUUAUGUCAACCUACCAGCUCUACGCAAACUGGAUAAUAUGCUUCUGGAAAUUUUGGACACUUUUGAGAAUACUGAGUUCUGGUAUGUGGACCAAGGCAUCUUAGCCCCGGAAGCAGAUGGCUCAUCGUCGUUUAGAAAUCCUCUCCCCCGCCAAGAGGAGAAAUGGUGGUUGCCAGUUCCUCGAGUUCCCACUUCGGGUCUCAGUGAAAAAGCACGAAAACAGUUGCAGCACAGGCGCGAUUGCACGAACCAAAUCCUGAAAGCUGCAAUGGCCAUCAACAGUAACGCUUUAGCUGAAAUGGACAUCCCUGAAUCGUAUUUGGAAGCACUUCCAAAGAAUGGCAAAGCUAGCUUAGGUGAUCUUAUCCAUCGCUAUAUCACCUCUGAUCAAUUCUCGCCCGAAUGCUUGCUUGGCUGCAUUGAUUUGUCUUCUGAGCAUCAAGCACUGGAAAUAGCCAACCGGGUGGAGGCCUCGAUUUAUAUCUGGCGCAGAAAAACCCACUCGAAACCCCUACCUAACACACACCGAUCCAAUUCCAAGACAUCGUGGGAAAUGGUUAAAGAUUUGGUGAUUGAUGCAGAUAAACGUGAGGUCCUUGCAGAUAGAGCUGAAAGCCUUCUGCUUUGCUUGAAGCAACGGUUUCCCGGUCUUCCUCAGACCACUUUAGACAUGAGCAAGAUCCAAUAUAACAAGGAUGUUGGCAAAUCCAUACUCGAAAGCUACUCCCGAGUUCUGGAGAGUUUGGCUUUCAACAUCGUGGCACGUAUCGAUGACCUUGUUUACGUGGACGACUUGACCAAGCAUUCUGAUCAAUUCGUGCCCAUAUCGAAAGUAGGCAUCAUUGCUCACAAGAGUGCAGGGACUCCCCUCUCUGUACCAGUCUCUGGCACUCCAUACAAAACCGCUUUCUCUACACCUAGCUUCUCGCCCUCCCAGCGUUUCAGUCCUGCAAAGGGAGAAAGAGAGAGAUCACAUUUCCUCGACACCACCAAGCUCCCUCAUCGCGGAUUUGGGGUGAAAAAGAUCUUGACAGAUUAUCUGAGCAUCGAUUCCAAAGGUAAGGACUUUAGUAACAAUAUGAGAAGGUCUGAUUCGUUGUCCAGCACUUCCCACGAGAUAUCAGCGCCAGAAUCAGUUCGAUCUUCUGAGUGUUCAAGAGAAGUUAUCAGCCCGUUUACGCUUGGUUCAACGGGGGAGGACUGAAACCAACCGAGCUUCUCAACAUGUUUCUAUGUGAUGUAUCCUCUUACUAUAUAAGCUAGCAUUUCUAGCCAUUCAGGCAUGCUCCUUUAAUUCAAAUACAGAAGUGUUAAGUGUACUUGACUAAAAAUGCUACUAUAUUAUUUAAUUCCCUUCUCGUCGCGAUUUCAUGAUAAUUAUAGGUAUGUGGUAGAGGACGUGUAAUAAAGUUGUGUAUAUUUCAUGUAUACUCUUGUAUCAGCCAAUUUUUUAGCAAAAAAAUAUUAUGUUUCUGUGAUUUUU